AUGUCACUUGAGCUUGGUGUUCAAAUGGAUGGAGCAAAUAUCGUGAUGGGGGUGUCGAGGAGGAGGAUCCGAAACCUGCAGCCGGCUAGGCCGCUGCGUCGUUUGAACAUAAAUCAAGAGAAACACAGAGAGGUAGUGGCCGAGCGAUCGGACAAGACGACGGACACACCAACAAACACCAUUAGUGAGAAGCAGUUUUAUGAAAUCCUUAAACCUCAAAGCCAAUGUCAAUCACUUGCCAAGACAGAAAGAAUAUCAUACAGUAGGGACUUGCUGAUCAGGUUGGCAAGCUCACCAAUGGCAAAGAAAAAACCUGACUUCCUACCAGACCACCCAGUAGUUCUAGAAAAGCCAAGGCACCAAGAUGUGUUUCUGAACAACUUUAACAAUAACCUGGACAUGAUUCUUCACACACUGGCAUUUCAGCAGAUUGGUCCACCUCUGGGUUUAAAAUGAAAAGCAAAGAAGAUUAUAAUUUCAGUAAUUAAAUCAUUGUUUUAUC